UGUGUGUUUUUUGUGUUUUUCUUUUGGUGGGUUGUUUUGUUGUUGUGGGAACUGAUUUACUGUUUGUGGGCUUCCUGAGAAACUCUGUUGAAGAGUUGUUUGGCUGUUCUUUCUUGAAUUGAAGGUGUGUUAUUAGAAAAUUCUUGACUGUUUGAUCAGGUGAAAUUGGGUUUUGUCUUUGUUUUGGGUUUAUAAUCAGAGUGCUCUGCGCUUCAUGCGUUUAUCUUUGUCCUGUAACUCCAAAGAGCAUAAAGGGUCUGGCAAUAUAUUACGAAAUCUCAGUCAUUAAGUGGAAUAGUUGAUGAAAUGGGAGGUUGCUGUUCGUCCUCCAGAAAGCUGCAGCUUCAUGGAACACCAGUCUAUUAUUACUAUCCACCGUCCUCGGACGAGCAUGGGUCCCUGACAUCUCAUAAUGGUGUCGCUACCGUGCUCACUUCUGGGGUAUUAAUCGACUUAAAUCUGAAUAUGUCCAUUCCCGACACUUAUCGAUCCCCUCCUGCACCUAUGCCAUACGAUGUCGUUUUGGGGCACCCACAAUCUACAACUGUUGAAUCCGGAGAAGUGACCUUAACUGGCGGCCGUUUGGCGAAGCCUUGUCGCAUGGAUCCCAAACAAGCAAAUUGCAUAACUCAAACGGGCUGCUUGCCUGACUCUCCAAGAAAGGUAGACGUUGAUCUCUUGAAAUCAAAUCCACCUACUUUAUCAGCUGCUGAUGAGGAGGAGGAUGCUUGUCCCACUUGUCUUGAAGAGUAUGAUUCCAAGAAUCCCAAAAUCAUGACUAAGUGUAACCAUCACUUUCACCUUUCGUGCAAUCUUGAAUGGAUGGAGAGAAGCAACACUUGUCCUGUUUGCAAUCAGGAAAUGAGAUACGAAGUUCUUUGAGAGUCCCAAGUUGCAAGUAACUCGACUACCUCAUUCGUAGCUCGCCAACAUUGCGUGUGAUUCUUGCUCUUCUGCUCUAUUCUUGAUACCUGCCAACACAUUUGUUCGAGUUAUAUAAACCCUGUAAAUACUCGGUCUAUAAAUUCAUACGUCUCGCCUUCCUUCAGUCCCGUUGGGCGGAUUCUUUGCCAAGACAACGUACCAUCACAACAUCAAGGAAGAAGAACAACAUUCUUUGCAGCAGCUGGAUUAGACUGUGCGGUCUGUAUAGGUUGUCGGGAGCUUUCUGCACAGUUCUUGAUAUGAUGUUUGUAAAGAACAAAGUAGAAAAAAAUGUAUAUAUUGUUGUUUCUCUCCUUCUAUUUAUUGGUUCCCUCUCACUCUUGUAAAGAUCACUCAUUUGUAAAUAUCCAGUUUGGUAAUUUGAUCAAUUUCAUAUUGUAGCUUUUGAGUAAA